CCUGCGCGUCCAUCUGGGUGGGUGCGUGAGCGAGGGCGAGCGCGGGCCGCGGUGCGCUGUGGGAUACGGCGGUAUAUAGUCUAUCCUCGGCGCGGCGAUAGCGAGGGGGUCAGGCGGGAGCGGGGCAUGAAGAUGGCGGACGCCAAGCAGAAGCGGAACGAGCAGCUGAAGCGCUGGAUCGGCUCUGAGACCGACCUGGAGCCGCCCGUGGUCAAGCGCAAAAAGACCAAGGUGAAGUUCGACGACGGCGCCGUCUUCCUGGCUGCCUGCUCCAGCGGGGACACGGAGGAGGUGCUGCGGCUGCUGGAGCGCGGCGCAGACAUCAACUACGCCAAUGUGGACGGGCUCACCGCGCUCCACCAGGCUUGUAUAGAUGAUAACGUAGAUAUGGUGAAAUUUCUGGUGGAAAAUGGAGCAAAUAUUAAUCAACCAGAUAAUGAAGGCUGGAUACCUCUACAUGCAGCUGCUUCCUGUGGAUAUCUUGAUAUAGCAGAGUAUUUAAUUAGUCAAGGAGCACAUGUAGGAGCUGUAAAUAGUGAAGGAGACACCCCAUUAGAUAUUGCUGAAGAAGAGGCAAUGGAAGAGCUGCUUCAGAAUGAAGUGAAUAGACAAGGGGUUGAUAUAGAGGCAGCUCGAAAAGAAGAGGAGCGAAUCAUGCUUAGAGAUGCACGACAGUGGCUCAACAGUGGCCAUAUAAAUGAUGUCAGGCACGCGAAAUCUGGUGGUACAGCACUUCAUGUUGCUGCUGCUAAGGGCUAUACAGAAGUCUUAAAGCUUUUAAUACAGGCUCGCUAUGAUGUAAAUAUUAAAGAUUAUGAUGGCUGGACACCACUUCAUGCUGCUGCUCACUGGGGUAAAGAAGAAGCAUGUCGCAUUUUAGUGGAAAACCUUUGUGAUAUGGAGGCUGUCAACAAAGUGGGGCAGACAGCAUUUGAUGUGGCAGACGAGGAUAUUCUAGGAUACUUAGAAGAAUUACAAAAGAAGCAAAAUCUGCUUCAUAGUGAAAAACGUGAAAAGAAAUCUCCCCUAAUUGAAUCCACAGCUAACUUGGAUAAUAACCAGACACAGAAAACAUUCAAAAAUAAAGAGACAUUGAUUAUGGAGCAAGAAAAGAAUGCAUCUAGUAUAGAGUCUCUGGAGCAGGAGAAAGCAGAUGAAGAGGAAGAGGGAAAGAAGGAUGAAUCCAGUUGUUCCAGUGAGGAAGAAGAAGAUGAUGACUCAGAAUCUGAAGCGGAGACAGAUAAGACCAAAACCUUGGCUAAUGCGAAUACCACAAGUACACAAUCAGCAUCGAUGACUGCUUCAGUAGCUGGAGGUCAAGGGACACCCACAUCACCUCUUAAGAAGUAUGAUUUCAUUCCUCCUAUCAUGCCUGUCGUGGAGUCAGUAGAUCCUGCAUCAUGGAGGCAGGGCUUGCGCAAAACUGGCAUUGUUCUUGUGCCCAAUAAGGGUGAAAAGGCAAUGUUUCCAACAUCUACAACCAAGGUUUCUCCCAAAGAAGAAGAAAGGAAAGAUGAAUCUCCUGCUUCAUGGAGGUUAGGUCUUCGAAAAACUGGCAGUUAUGGUGCACUUGCAGAAAUCACUGCUUCAAAAGAAGCUCAGAAAGAAAAGGACUCUGCAGGUGUUAUACGUUCUGCUUCAAGUCCUCGACUUUCCUCUUCAUUGGACAACAAAGAAAAGGAGAAAGAUGGAAAAGGAGCUAGACUUGCCUAUGUUGCACCUACAAUACCAAGACGACUGGCCAGUACCUCUGACAUUGAUGAAAAAGAAAACAGGGACUCGUCUGCUAGCUCAAUACGUAGUGGCAGUUCCUAUGCAAGGAGAAAAUGGGAGGAAGAUGUCAAGAAAAACAGUUUGAAUGAAGGUCCUACAUCCUUAAACACAAGUUAUCAAAGAAGUGGCUCCUUUGGUAGAAGACAAGAUGAUUUGAUUAGUUCUAAUGUUCCAAGUACUGCAUCAACAGUUACCUCUUCUGCUGGUCUUCAGAAAACACUGCCUGCCAGCGCAAACACUACUACAAAGAGUACAACGGGUUCAACUUCAGCAGGUGUACAAAGCAGUACCUCAAAUCGUUUGUGGGCUGAGGAUAGUACUGAGAAAGAGAAGGACAGUGUUCCCACAGCAGUGACGGUUCCAGUUGCACCAUCUGUUGUAAAUGCUGCGGCCACUACCACAGCCAUGACUACAGCUACUUCUGGCACUGUGUCCUCAACAUCAGAGGUCAGGGAGAGACGGAGAUCAUACCUCACUCCAGUACGGGAUGAAGAGUCAGAGUCCCAAAGAAAAGCCAGAUCCAGGCAAGCAAGACAGUCCAGAAGAUCUACGCAGGGUGUAACACUGACAGAUCUUCAAGAAGCUGAAAAAACUAUAGGAAGAAGUCGUUCCACACGAACCAGAGAACAAGAAAAUGAAGAGAAAGAAAAGGAAGAGAAAGAAAAGCAAGACAAAGAAAAACAAGAAGAAAAGAAAGAAUCUGAAACUAAAGAUGAUGAUUAUAGACAAAGAUAUUCCCGAACUGUUGAAGAGCCAUAUCAUCGCUAUAGACCAACUUCAACUUCGACUUCUUCAUCAUCCACCUCUUCGCUCUCCACCUCCACUAGCUCUCUUUCAAGUUCAAGUCAGCUAAACAGACCAAACAGCCUUAUAGGUAUAACUUCUGCCUAUUCUCGGAGUGGAACAAAGGAAAGUGAGAGAGAAGGGGGCAAAAAAGAGGAAGAAAAAGAAGAAGAUAAGUCACAGCCCAAAUCUAUACGGGAAAGGCGGCGACCAAGAGAAAAACGACGAUCUACAGGAGUUUCAUUUUGGACUCAAGAUAGUGAUGAAAAUGAACAAGAGCACCAGUCUGAUUCAGAAGAAGGAACAAAUAAGAAAGAAACUCAGAGUGAUAGCCUUUCAAGGUAUGACACGGGAUCACUCAGUGUGUCUUCGGGUGAUCGUUACGAUUCAGCACAGGGGCGAUCUGGGUCACAGAGUUACCUCGAAGAUCGAAAACCUUACUGCAGUAGACUAGAAAAAGAAGAUAGCACUGAUUUUAAGAAGCUUUAUGAACAGAUCCUAGCUGAAAAUGAGAAGCUGAAAGCACAGUUACAUGAUACCAACAUGGAACUUACAGAUCUUAAACUACAGCUGGAGAAGACCACUCAGAGACAAGAAAGAUUUGCUGACAGAUCGCUCCUGGAAAUGGAGAAAAGGGAAAGAAGAGCUCUAGAAAGAAGGAUAUCUGAAAUGGAAGAGGAACUGAAAAACCUGCAACAAAUAAAGCAGAUUCACUCUUUGAGGCACAUAAAUGAGCGUCUGGUGACUGAGAAUAGGGCCUUGACCCGUGUGGUUGCCAAGCUGUCAGGGUCCUGUAGGCAACUGCGUUCUGUGGACUUGUAAUUUCUUCCUUCUGCUUUGUGUAGCCAGGCAGGUGCUGACAAUAAGUUUGUGCUUGGGUAGAAUUGUACUAUUAACACCUGUGUGUUGGGGGCUGACUUACUGCUUGGUGAUGGAAGUGUGGCUAAAGCAUGGUGUCUGGUGUACCAAAUGGAGAUGCUGCAGCUGUAUUGGUAUGGUGUGGUGUUGUUGAUACUAGCACAGAAGCUUGUUGUUUUUCCCUUGUAGCUAAGCUGGCAAGGGUUCACGAGAUCUUUGACGCCUUAACACCCUGGCAACAAUCUGAAAGGAUUUGUGUGGAGUUUGCAUUAGGAUACACUGAAGUCACCAGUUAGGAGUUUGAAUAAAUGCUUAAAUCAACAGAUUUAUCUCUGGUUUUCUAACAAAUUGAAGUUAAGAAUGGGUCUUUCUUACUGCAGUAUAAUUCACAUGCAUAGAACUAAAACAAAUCUGCAACUAAAGAAAGUUUGAAAGCUGAAAGUUGAGAUUCUGGUGCAGUACCCUGCAUUUCUGAACAGCUGCAUUAGCAGCUGUAUUUUUUACAUUUGUCUGAUUUUAUGUUCAGAGAUUGUCGAAGUCUUCCUUUAAAAAUACUGACUUGAAAGUCAAUUUGUCUUUUCUAUACGAAAUUCCUGCAUGGUGCUGUACAGUCCUUAUUUUUAUCUUGACUAAGCUUAGAAUUUGCAAUUGUAGCUCUAAUUUGAAGGUUACAGAUAUAUACUGCUACAUACGCCGCAGGUGUUCCAGUUAUGGACCUAUGGUCCUAUCAUGCAAGGACUAAACAAAUGGACACAAAAACACUCUGCCCAGAGUGUUAGAUUGGUUUACACUUACUGGGUCAUCCUGUCCAUUCCCCUUCUGCUAAAGAUAUGAACUGUUUUAGCUGCCAUUUUGGAAAAAACCAUGGGUUUAUUGCAGUGUUAUUGUAGGGCUGUUUGGGAAACCCACUGGAGGUUCACAAAUUCUGCAUGGAACAGAAUAUAGUUUCACUCCAUGACAAAUCUAUUAGGCUUUCUUCCUCCUCAUACGUAACAGCUGUACAAGGUGGAGAUUUCAGUGAGUUUUUAAGAUUUGUAGGUGAAGAUAAAAUCAUUUUCCUUCUGCACAGUGAUUCUUGCUAAUGUGUUUCUCUUUACCUGCCCCUCUUCCCUCUCAGAAGCAAAGAGAUGAGUGCACACUUUUCCUUUCUGCUUACGGAGUCAGAUCUCAGGUUUUUCCAGUCAGAGGCAUGAAAUAAAUAGCAACUUUAUCCUUUGGCUUUAUGUCUCCCUGAAGGUGACCUAACAAUAGGAUGUGGAUAGAAAGGUUGAUCCUAGUCAGUGCCCUGCAUUCCUGCACAUUCCCUUGCGUUAACCCUUAGUGAAUCAGUCGGCUCUCUGAUCUGGCUGAGAAGAAAUCCCAUUAGUGGUUGUACAGUUUGAUCCACCUUACUGCAGCAUGGUUGUGUAACUAAAGCUAGCACUCAGCAGCAGGAGCGUGUUGGUGCAGGAGGAGGGGGAACUGUCCCUUUAGGGCAGCCUGUCUUAGACCAGCUUCAGCUAACAACGUGGGUUUUCAACACAGCCAAGCUAAUCUAGUGUCAGCUGUCCACAGCCACAUGUUCCUACCAUGGUAUUUUUGCGACCACUGGCAUUCCUUUAACCAUGCUAAGCUUUUCAGUAUGUUAAACCACACAAAAUCAUUCAGUAUUCUCUUUUUUAGAGGAAGUUUUAAAAGGCAGAUCAUGGUGAAGCUCAAGGAGCAGCACUAGCAAAGAAAAGCUUGGCUACACAGCAGGGAGGCUGGACGUUUUGAUGGUAGCUUGACCAUAGCACUGUGGCUGAUUAAUCUGAACAGUUGUCUUGACAGUGCAUGAGCUUUCUCUAAUCAUAAUGUACAAAGCUCUUUGUUACAUACAAACUGUUAAAUCCUCCAGCAAAUAAAGACAUUAGUACUGAGCUGGUUCCAGCAAGUGGUUAUUGAAAAAUUAUUUGAUCUGCUACAGUACUGCAAAGUUACCAGCUAAUCAUGUAAUACAGGUAGGCAAAAUAAUGCAUUUUUAAUCUUAUUCAAGAAUCUCAUCAAGGCAAGAUACUCUAUUACUUAAGUGAAAAGGAAAUUGGAAUUUAAAGUACUAAGUACAGUAUGUAAUAGAAAAUUGUAGUGGGUUUCAUGCAGA